AUGCGGUGGUGGAUUGUUGCGUUGCUCAGGUGCUUGUCAGUGGUGAAUGUCAAGCCUUCAAAUGUUCCCAUCUUUCCGAAAAUUUACCAUAUAUCAGGAAUUAUUUCAUUGCCCUAUGCUGACAUUGAAGAACCAUUUGAAGCUUGGUACAACUUGACUGGAAAAGUCAGUCGCAUUGAAUACUAUGAUGGUCAGGUUAUAACUCUGCAGCAUGGAUUCAGAAAGCCAGCCGGAAUUAGUUAUAAGAUUUCUCCAGCAACUACAGAAACUGAAACAAAUGUUAUCAAAUGCUUCCAAUUAAGUGGAACCAUUCAUGAACCUGUCCUUGCGCAGCCUGUUAUUCCAAAUUUGCAAGGUUUUCAGUUCAUAAAGGAAGAUGACUCCAAAGGAAUGCAUUGCGAUGUGUGGCAAAAUUUCACUUCUGUGGGUAAAAAAAAGAACACUUACACCAUGUGGAUUGCCAAUUCUACUAGCGGCCCCAUUCCUGUCCAUUAUGAAAUGAAGGGAUACAACACCUUGUUUGGAGGACAUUAUGACAAAUAUGAAAUAGAUUACAAAGAGUUGAAGCAUUAUGUGGACCCAAAUGUCUUCAAAAUUCCUGAAGGUUUGUCUUGUGAAAGUUUCCCUGGUCCUCCAGUAGAACAUAGAAUUCUGGCUAAUCCCAUUCAGGAUUUAAUUGACAAUCAGGACGACAGGACUCAUAAUUUGUUCCAGUAUUACAAGAAGAAAUUUGAAAGGGUCUAUGAGGAAGGUGAUAAGGAACAUGAGAUGAGAAAAGUCACUUUUACUCACAACAUGAGAUACAUCCAUUCAAUGAAUCGGAAAAACCUGACCUACAAGAUGGAACUUAACCUCUUUGCUGACCAAACGGUAGAUGAGAUGGCAGUUCUGAAUGGAAGACUAAAGAGUACCACACCAAACAAUGGACAACCCUUCCCUACAGAGCUUUACAAGUCAAGCUUGCCACCUCCCAGUGUGGACUGGAAUCAAUAUGGUGCUGUGACCCCUGUGAAAGAUCAAGCUUUGUGUGGAUCCUGCUGGAGUUUUAGUACAACUGGUAGUCUAGAAGGGGCACUCUUUCUGAAGACAGGAUAUUUAAUCCCACUAUCUCAACAAAUGUUGCUUGAUUGUACAUGGGGUUUUGGAAAUGCUGCUUGUGAUGGAGGAGAAGAAUGGCGGGCAUUUGAAUGGAUCCUGAAACAUGGUGGAAUUGCUAUUGAAGAGUCAUAUGGUUCUUACCUGGGACAGAAUGGAUUCUGCCACUAUAAUCAAUCCAUAUUCACAGCUCAGCUGAAGAGCUACGUCAAUGUCACAUCGGGAGACUGUGAAGCCUUAAAAAUGGCCAUCUUUAAAAAUGGACCAGUGGCUGUUGGGAUGGAUGCAUCACACAAGUCCUUUAGAUUUUACAGCAAUGGAGUUUAUUAUGAGCCAAAAUGUAAAAACAUCCGGGGUGAACUGGAUCACUCUGUGCUUGCUGUUGGUUAUGGAACACUUGCUGGUCAACCAUACUGGCUCAUAAAAAAUUCUUGGUCAACAUUAUGGGGCAAUAAUGGAUAUAUUCUGAUAUCUAUGAAAGACAAUAACUGCGGAAUUGCUACAGAUCCACUUUAUGUCAUUCUUAAAUGAAUGCAUAUGAAG